AUGUCCUCAAAGACCGACACCCAGUUCCGCCCAAAUGGAAGAAAGUGUCGAGGGCAGAUGGCGACGGGAUUUCGGACCCCUCCCAUCAACGUCUCCAAAGCAGAACGCCUCCUGACAACAACCUAUCACACAUACCGCCAUGUCGACGGCGACGUCGCCAUCCGAGCACCAGAAUGGUCUCUUCCAGCGCACUUGCACGAACACAUUGACGCUAUCCAUCCCACUAAUGCUUUCUUCCGGCCAUCGCUGCAGACCCGCGCGGUGCCAGUGGAAAGGAGAGGCUUUGAAACCGCGCCGCUCGGGCUCGGCGUUGACGAUCUCCCAAGCUAUGAGGAGCUCGCCGCCAUUGACAAAAAAGAGAUGGGCCACAUGGAUGUGCCCUUGUCGAGUGACUUUGCACUCCCAGGAGCUAUCACCGUUGACGAGGCCUGCAACAAGCUUGCCACGUCGCCAUUGUGCCUUCGCACGCUAUACGGCACGCUGAACUACACACCGCAGGUGCCCAACAAGACGUCAGUGGCCCUCGUUAAUUACCUCGGCCAAGUCAACAACCGCUCCGACAUUGCCAUUUUCCUGCAGCGGUACCGCCCUGACGCAUUCCCCGGGGCUGCCGACUUUUGGACCGAGAUUGUCUCCGGCGGUACCGAUCAGCAAACGCCCGUUACGCCUGAACAGGUCGCGGCCGCGCGAACCGUCAUUGCGCUCGAGGGUAACCUCAAUGCCGAGACCAUCUUGGGGCUGGCACAUCCCAUCCCUUUGAAGGCAUAUAACGUCGGCGGGAAGCCCCCUUUUCAGUCGACGGCCUUCACAACCGCGAACAAGAACGAGCCGUAUCUCGAGUGGACGUCCCACAUGCUUUCAAAGAGCGACGAUGAACUACCUCGCGUGAUUUCCACGUCAUACGCCGACGAAGAGCAGAGUGUGCCGCUUUUGUAUGCCCGCCGUGCAUGUGCAGGCUUUGCGGCGCUUGGCGCCCGCGGUGUCAGCCUCUUAUUUGCUAGUGGCGACGAGGAUGUCGGGCAGGACGACAAGUGCUUCGCCCACGAUGACCAGACGAGGAAGAUGUUUUUGCCCGUCUUCCCCGCCUCAUGCCCAUACGUGACGGCCGUUGGCGGGACGCGCCACUGGGCACCCGAGAUGGCUUGGUUCGACGCCCGCUCGGGCUUUGUCACGGGCAGUGCUUUAGCAACUACUUUCCCCAGCCCAAGUAUCAAAAACAUGACGUGCAGAAGUACAUUACUAGCCUGA